AGGGCAAGUAGAUGAAUGGAAAUAAGUGCAUUUUUUUCUCACUGUGGGACCAAUGGAGUUGUGUCUUUUUCUCUAGGCGUGUACAUCCUGAUUGCUGUGGGAGCUGUGAUGAUGAUUGUAGGGUUCCUUGGUUGCUAUGGUGCCAUCCAGGAAUCUCAGUGCCUCCUUGGAACGUUCUUCUUCCUGUUGGUGUGCCUCUUCGCCUGUGAGGUGGCUGCUGGGAUCUGGGGAUUUAGUAACCGUGACACAAUCUCCAAGGAGAUGAUAAACUUCUAUGACGCGGCGUACAUCAAGUCUGUGGACGUUGUAGACUCUUCCAGCAAAACGGCUGCUAUCAAAGUCCUGGAGGUGUUCCACGAGACGGUAGUUCUCUGACCUCUGACCUCUGGCUGAUUUC